GGGUGACAAAGCGGGACCCUGUCUCAAAAAAAAAAAAAAAAGACAUUUCUAAGAAAUGAAAUGAAAUACUAUUGCUGUUGCACUCAGUCUCUGUCUCUGAUUCGCUGAUAGAAGAUUUUUGAAGAAAAAAGAUAAAAUCUUUGAAGAGUUCUAUACUUGGAAGGCAUAGUGAUAUAAACACUUCUGAACAUCCUGUUCUCUGUGUGAAAGAAGUAAACUUCUAUACCCUUUGCAUUUGAGGGAAUAAUUGCUACUGGGUUGAUGGGCACACACAGUUGAAGAUAUGUGAACCACUGGACUUUGGCCUCUCAUACAAACUGCCUAAGAGAAGAGAUUAUUUAUACUGGUAUUAAUGCUCUGAUGAAAACAGGUCAUUUGACAUAAACACUUACUUGUUGAAAACCUAUAUCACUACAUCUAACUUUGUUUUCUAAAACUUUCAGUACUUCAAAUUCUACAUAUUUCUUUUCUCAUUACAAUGCAGACAUUUUAAUUUGCAACUGUAAUAUAUGUUCAUUUUAGUUUGUGAUUGCCUGCUUAAUCAUUUAAAUAGGUCCACUUAACUUAUAUCCCUAUAAGAUAAAGUACGUUUUACACAAAAAGGUUCAUUAAGGCUCAGUAAAACUAUUCUAGAAGAGUACUUUAAAAACCUCUUACAUAAUCCUAAGCUAAAUAAAUUUAAUGAAUUAAGUAGUUAAAAUUAUAAAGCUUCAGAGUGAACUAUGUCAUGAAGAGUUUAUUUAAUAUAGUCUUGUAUGAAUGUAUGCUAAAUAAAAUUGGACUAUUUAAAUCACAAUUUUAAAUUAUAACACUUUUCUGAAUAUACCUAGACACUCAUAUGACCUAAAAUAAGUAUUAUUUACCUUUUAUUACAGUAUGUACAUUUCUGUUGGGAAAACGUGUUGCAAAUAUAUAUUUAACCAAACAUUAUUGUGAAAUAUUUACAAUAUUUUCACUCCACUUUGUCACACCUCCAGUAAGAAACCUACAUAUAGUAAAUUAUUUAAAGAUAGGAGUGGGGAAACCAAAGAAUCUAUGUAAAAUAUAAUAAUCCGACAGAAUGGAGUUUACUUUCCAGUCCAUGUAUAACUUGGGUGCAGUAACUUCUUAGGGCUCUGAGCGCCGCUGUUCACCUACUAGGAGAGAAAACGCAGCCAGAGCUCAAUCCGGAUUCUCAGGGCUCCAACUACACAAAGCCCCACAAACCGGCUGCUGGGCUGCAGGGAAGCUCACUCCAGAAUUUAAAGUGCUCAGGCUACAGAGACACCCUGAAGCCAUAGAAAGACAAAGGAACCGGUUUAAACACACAACGUGUCCAGUGAGGACUUUGCAGAAUUCUGUAACCAGACUACAAUGGCCGCUCAAAGGAAUCGCUCAAAGGAAUCAAAGGAUUGCAGUGAGCUGGUCUUGCUCUGCCUCUUCCUCGGGAUUCCAUGGGAGGCUGGAGCCCGGCAGAUCUCCUACUCAAUUCCUGAGGAAUUAGAGAAAGGCUCUUUCGUGGGCAACAUCUCCAAAGACUUGGGGCUGGCGCCCGGAGAGCUGGCGGAGCGCGGAGUCCGCAUAGUCUCCAGAGGUAGGAGGCAGCUUUUCUCUCUGGACCCGCGCAGCGGCAGCUUGGUCACCGCGGACAGGAUAGACCGGGAGGAGCUCUGCGCUCAGAGCGCGCGGUGCCUGGUGAGUUUUAAUAUCCUUGUGGAAGAAAGGGUGAAACUUUUUGGGAUAGAAAUAGAAGUAACUGAUAUAAAUGACAAUGCUCCAAAAUUCCAAGCAGAAAAUCUAGACGUAAAAAUUAAUGAAAAUGUCGCCACGGGAAUGCGUUUUCCUCUCCCGGAAGCUAUUGAUCCGGAUGUGGGCGUGAACUCCCUGCAGAGCUAUCAGCUCAGCCCCAAUAGGCACUUCUCCCUAAGAGUUCAGAGCCGUGCCAAUGGCGUCAAGUACCCGGAGCUGGUACUGGAGCAUGCCCUAGAUCGCGAGGAAGAGGCCAUUCACCACCUGGUCCUCACCGCCUCCGACGGGGGUGACCCUCUCCGAUCUGGCACUGUUCUCGUCAGCGUGACUGUCUUCGAUACAAAUGACAACGCGCCGGUCUUCACCUUACCAGAAUACCGAGUGAGUGUUCCUGAGAAUUUGCCUGUGGGCACUCAGCUGCUGACAGUCACAGCCACCGACAGGGACGAAGGUGCCAAUGGAGAAGUGACAUAUUCAUUCCGAAAAUUACCUGAUACGCAAUUGUUGAAGUUCCAACUAAACAAAUAUACUGGAGAAAUAAAAAUAUCAGAAAAUCUAGAUUAUGAAGAAACUGGUUUCUAUGAAAUAGAAAUACAAGCAGAAGAUGGAGGAGCAUAUCUUGCAACUGCAAAAGUGCUGAUUACAGUAGAAGAUGUAAAUGACAACAGUCCAGAGGUAGCCAUCACGUCUCUAUUUAGUCCAGUGACUGAAGAUUCACCUCUGGGAACAGUCGUAGCCCUUUUAAAUGUGCAUGAUUUAGACUCUGAGCAGAAUGGACGGGUAACCUGUUCCAUUUUGGCGUAUCUACCAUUUAAAUUAGAAAAGUCCAUUGAUAGUUAUUACAGAUUGGUGACACACAGAGCCCUUGACAGGGAACAGGUAUCCUCUUACAAUAUCACAGUAACAGCCACAGAUGGGGGAAGUCCACCUCUAUCAACGGAAAUUCACUUUAUGCUACAAGUGGCAGAUAUCAAUGACAACCCACCUACCUUCUCUCAUGUAUCCUACUUUACCUAUAUCCCAGAGAACAACGCCAGGGGUGCCUCCAUCUUCUCAGUGACAGCGCUGGACCCGGACAGCAAAGAGAAUGCCCGGAUUAUUUACUCCCUGGCUGAAGACACCAUCCAGGGGGCACCUCUGUCCUCAUACAUAUCCAUCAACUCAGACACUGGCGUCCUGUAUGCACUCAGAUCCUUUGACUAUGAGCAAUUCCAUGAGCUACAGAUGCAGGUGACAGCCAGCGACAGCGGGGAUCCUCCACUCAGCAGCAAUGUGUCGUUGAGCCUGUUUGUGCUGGACCAGAACGACAAUGCGCCCGAGAUCCUGUACCCCGCCCUCCCCACAGACGGUUCCACUGGCGUGGAGCUGGCGCCCCGCUCCGCAGAGCCCGGCUACCUGGUGACCAAGGUGGUGGCGGUGGACAGAGACUCGGGCCAGAACGCCUGGCUGUCCUACCGCCUGCUCAAGGCCAGCGAGCCGGGACUCUUCGCGGUGGGGCUGCACACGGGCGAGGUGCGCACGGCGCGGGCCCUGCUGGACAGAGACGCGCUCAAGCAAAGCCUCGUGGUGGCCGUCCAGGACCACGGCCAGCCCCCUCUCUCGGCCACCGUCACGCUCACCGUGGCCGUGGCCGACAGCAUCCCCGAAGUCCUGGCGGACCUCAGCAGCCUCGAGUCUCUGGCUAACUCUGGAACCUCAGACCUCACUCUGUACCUGGUGGUAGCGGUGGCUGCGGUCUCCUGCGUCUUCCUGGCCUUCGUCAUCGUGCUGCUGGCGCUCAGGCUGCGGCGCUGGCACAAGUCACGCCUGCUGCAGGCUUCAGGAGGCGGCUUGACAGGCGUGCCCGGCUCGCACUUUGUGGGCGUGGACGGGGUGCGGGCUUUCCUGCAGACCUAUUCCCACGAGGUCUCCCUCACCGCGAACUCGCGGAAGAGUCACCUGAUCUUCCCCCAGCCCAACUACGCUGACACGCUCAUCAGCCGGGAGAGCUGUGAGAAAAAGGAUCCUUUGUCUUUGUUAAAUGAUUCGAAGUUUCCUUUAGAGGAUACCCCAUUGGUUCCAGUGAGUUUUACUUUUAUUUUUACUCUUUUUCUGUUGUUAAAAAAGAUUGGUUUUACUUUUAAGUUUGCAGCAUGAUAGUGGAAAGUGCAAAUGCUAAAACACUGAUGAGUAGAAUUUGAUGUUUAUUAAGGGUUUUUUUUUAACUUUCUGGUAAAAUUCACCUAGUCUCAAUCAAGGCCUGUAUGUCAUCAGGCUUUGUUAUGAUUAGCUUUGCAGAACCUUGUAGUUUAUAGUGUUGUUGAGUACAAUAUUGACAAUUCUUAAGACAGACUUCCAUACAGAAGUGUCUGUCGAUUUAUAUUUCCUCCUGGGUGGUCACACAUUGAAACUCCAGCCCCUUAAGCAUCCCUCUUGUUCUGAAGGCAGUCUGGUAAGAAUAGGUAAGUAUCAGAAAGAAAUGGUCUCUGGAAACACAACCCAAAUCCAAGAUUACUCAACGCAGCUCUUCCCAAGGAGAAGAGCAAUAGGCCUUUUCCAAACUACCUUUUAUAUGUUUUUAAAUUUAUACUUUGUGGCGAUAGUUGCAGUUGAAUAUACUGUUUUUCAUUAAUAUUGAAUUAACUUAUUUAUAACAAUGUAUACUUAGAUUUUUCCUGCCCUAUUUAUACCUGAUAACACUGAAGCAUCCUUUUUGCAUACAAUUCUCUAAUUUCCCACUACUAUGUGGAAGAUACAGCAUUUUAAUGUAACUUGUGUUGCUCAAUAGGGAUCCUGAAGAGGCUAUAGAGGGUGAAAUUAGAACAUUUGGGGUUCUGCUUUUGUCUUUUUUGUUAAAUGUUCUAAUCACUAAGGCUGAAAGUAAAUAUGGAUUGGGAAGACAGAUAAAUUUGUACAUGUUCCCAAGAACAGGAGCAACAGAUAUAUGACAAAGCUAUUUCAGUGGCUGUUUAAUGUAUAGGGAGGCAAACACCUGAAACUCUGAAAAUUCUGAAAUUGAGAGGCAAAAUAAACUUAGAGUCAAGAAAGAAAUGCCAUUUCUGCAGAUCAGAAUAUAAGCACCAAAAAUAAAAAAGAAAAUAAUAUAUGCAAAUAAGUAAGGGAAAUUACCUAAACAAAGGAUCAGUGGAGAUACUGAUGAGUUCAUUUAGUUCAAUGAAAAUAGUGAUGUAUUAGGUUGAUCUCUUAAUUUCAUUACUAAUAUUCUACUAAAUGUGGUAGCAUAAGGUCAAAAAGCAUUCCAAAGUUUCUCAAGACCCUUUGAAGACCAUGACUUUUUUCAGGCCAGUCAACAUUUGUUCAAUGAUAGGUCUGUGGAAGGAAAGCACACUCUUUAGGAUCAUAGUUAUUAACUAUUAAACCUUUGAAACUAUUAUUUCAUAUUUGUGUUCAUAAGAGUCAAAAUUGUGCAUUCAUCUCAAAUGAAAAAUACAGAUUUUUUUAAAAAAAACUACUCUUUUGACAUUGUAGCUAUUGUAAGAAAAUAUUUUUAAAUAUGGUUAUUUAAAAGCAAUACAGGACACCCUGGAUGAUGGUAAUGACUAGAGCAAUGGUUACAUUCCAGUACUUAAAUAUGAAAUUAGGAAUUAUUACUUUCUAGGUGAAUAUAGGUUAGAAUUGAAGACCAAAAAAAAUGUUGCUUAUCUUCAGUACUUCCAGCUUCAUAGAUAAUUACUCUUAAAAGGAACAAGAAUGACUGCCUCUGGAUGGAGGAAGUGGAGAGCAAUGGGCCAUAGGGUAGGAGAUCUAUAAACCUUCAUGCUAUAUUCUUUUGUGCCUCUUUAAAUUUUGAAGAAAAAAUAUUCAUUUAUUCAAGAUAUAUGUAAAUUUUAGUACAUAAAAAGAUGAGCUAGUUAUGACCACGUGGAAAUAUAUUUCCUGAUGUAAAGGAAUCACUGAGGAAUAAGAUUCAAAUAUUUUGGUUGUCAACUCAAAAAAUUCCUUGAAAGAGAUAAAGUCAAGCUGCAGUCCCACACGGAGCCUCUGGGCGCCGCUGUCGGCCAGUGCAGAGCAAGCGCUGACGCCGGGGAUCCCUCAGCCUCUAGCCUAGGAUUCCCUGCGCAGCCAACAACA